AUGCCUCUCAACUACUCCAAGUGGGAUGCACUCGAGAUCUCCGACGAUUCAGACAUCGAGGGACACCCGAACGUCGACCACAAGUCUCUGGUAAGAUGGAAGCAGCGCGACAUACACGAGAAGCGCGAGGUACGCCGACGCCGUACGGCACAGCUGGAAGCAGACAUCGCGUGCAAUGAUGUGCUUGGACCGCGGUUGCGUACCAUCGCGGACGAGGUCGCAGCACAAGGGCCCCCACGUUUCUCUUCCCUGACGGAGCAGUUCAAGGCUAGCCCGUCCCCCGACAAGCCACCCACCGACGCGCCCGGUCAGAAGACCUACGACGACAUGCUGCUCUCGUUGAUGCUGCAAGUGUGGGAUGAGAUCAAGAGGUCGGGCAUGGAACCUGACGACCCGAAGCUGGGUGAUGCGCUAGAGGCUGGCUUGAGGAAGCACAUCAAGCAGAUGGGCGAGCACCAAGCGAAGCUGAGGAAGGAGCUGGAACAGCUGGAGGAGGAGUCAAAGAAAAAGAUCACGAGCGAUGAUAUUCAUGAGGGAUGGGAGUCGCAUUAUGUGCCCCCACAGCCUGCUCCCCCACCCAUCAAGGGUGCCAAGGUCGACCCUCCAAAGAACAAAGCUACGAGCGCGAAGACCGAGUUCGAGGUCAUCAACCCGAAGGGUGUCGAUGUCGCGGUCGAUACGUUCAAGGAAGCCACCCCGUCCGCCCCAUCCGCCUCGCUUAGCACCGACGACGACGAGCUGCCCGAGUUGACACCGUCACUAGAGCAGUUCUCUCGCCUUCCGUUGCGCGGUUACGAGCAAUCCUGGGAGUUCAUCAAGAACCACCGGGACGUCAUGGUUCCAGGUGCCUCAGACGCCUUGCUCGUAGCCGGGUUUACAGCGGAAAGCAACGGGCAGUACCGUUACGCACAGCAGUGCGUGAACCAAAGUCUGCUCAUUCAGUACUGCGAGAAGCUCGGUGGCGAUGGCGUGCGCGUCUUCUUCCGAAAGAUGAUCGACCGCGAUCCUCGAGCGUCCGCCGUGUUCGAGAAGGAUGUCGCAGACACGUACAAGCACCUCAAGGAGCGCGUCCGGAUCUCCAAGGCGGAAGCGACAGCGGCGGAGGGCUCCGAGCAGAUCCAGCUCGUUCCCGAAGACCCGUCGCAGAAGAUCUCGUUCAACGUCCCCGACGGCGCGCCGCCCGAAAACCUCCAGCUCGAGGGCGAGGGCCUCGAAGACGUCAACAUUGAGGACGUGCGCAAGAUGCUGCAGCUGCGGUGGGACGUCUUCGACGGCUUCCCGCCGGAGCUGCAGGAGGCGCUGAAAACGCAGGAGCUCGACAAGGUGAACAAGGUGCUGGGGAACAUGAAGGUCGACGACGCGGAGCAGGUCGUCAAGAUGCUCGAUAUCGCCGGUAUCUUGAACUUCUCCGACGGCGGGAUUCGGGACGAGACGGGGAAGGAGGAUAAGGGCAAGGGCAAGGCAGUAGCCCUCGCAACCUUGCUUAACGCGAUGGCGCAGUCCACUGGCCUGCAUAACGAGGACGGCGAUCUCGAUGAUGCGCAGGAUGAGGCUCACCCUGAGCCGUCGCCCCAGACCGUUCUCCUUCCUAGGUUGCACACCGUGCACCUUGAUUCGCACGACAUGAGGCAGUUCACGAGCCCACUGCACCUCAGUGUCUGGGAGAACUGGAGGUGUACCUGGCUGAACGGGCUGAACGCGGCGGAAGGCCAAAACGACUCAAGGCCCGGGUCGGACGUCGCGACCAAGAUCGACUGGGACAGCGUGAUACUGACACGUCAGGAUCCUCGGGAGUGA